ACGAUUUUUAUAAACAUUAGACGUCAAGUUCAAGUUUAUAUUUAUACAACAAUCACACCUUUGAUAACAAAUGGUCAACAUUAUGCAACCUAUAAAAAGAAGUAGUUUUAUGAUUGGAAAAUAUUAACCGAGCGAAAUGAUCAGUUCAAAGGUUCUUGUUGCUGCCAUUUUGGUUGUCUUCGUUGUGUCUGUUCAAUCCUUCAGGAUAGAACCCUACCAUUCAGGCUGCGACUGCAGAUGUGAUCGUUAUUAUGAUGGUUGCGGUAGCUCCUGUUGUAAUUCUGGAUGUGAUUCCUGCUGCGACCGCAAAGACACAAUUAAUAUUCAUCUGUCACCAGUAAUAGAAAAAUUUAAUAGGUUGAAAUCGUGUUGUGGUGGAGGUGGUUGCGGAUGUGAUAGCUGUGGUUAUGGAGAUUGUGGACAUGGAGGUUGUGGAUAUGGAGGAUGUGGCUAUGAAGGAUGUGGUUAUGGAGGAUACGGUUAUGGAGGAUGUGGAGAAUGCGGUGGAGGAUGCGGUGGAGGAUGCUGUGGAGGAUGCGAGGGAGGUUGCGGUGGAGGAUACGGUCAUGGACAUGGAUGUGGAUGUGGUAAAAAAGGAAAAUGGCUACGCAGUCCCUUUUUAUGGAAGAAAAUUCAUAAAAUUAAUAGAUAUUAUGGAUGCAUGUAACUUUUUUGCAUGUUUGAAUUUGUUGCAUUAUAAAUUUUAAGUUAAAUA